CUGAUACUUUUUCCAGUGGUGUGGUGGGUAGUCACGCUCGUCGUGCUGUUUCUGCUUAUUGGAGUAUCGUUCCUUGCGAAUGCCUACGAAUUUAUUGGAUUCCAAUACCGGAAAGCUCGUUCAAAGGCGCAAAUCCGUCGAUUCGAUGAGCUGAUGACACGGGUCGGUUGCGGUACCAUCACUGGUAUUCCACUUGCUCCUAACGAACAAGUUCUACGUGCCGUUUGUAAGUGCAACAAAACUGCUAUGUGUCGUCGUGACUUGUAUCGUGUACCCGCAAUGUCACCAAUCGCGUUCGAAUGUGACGCGUCUACCGGAACCGAGAAUCGCCUUCCACCGACACCAAAUAUGUCGCAACCAUCUUCGACGAAAAGCUAUGGCUGA